CAUGUAUCGGUGCCCUGAGCUUAGCCUCUCAGGCAGUAGCUGGACCAGUAUGUCGAGUACUGGUAGCUCCUCUAACUAGUUAUAUUAGGUUUCAGUUAAAGACGGCAACUGCUUGUGAUGGUGUCAUAGUUAGGGGUGUUCAUCCUCGUUUAGAUCGUAAAUUCGUCAACACAGGCACAGAGAAAGCGCUACCCGGAAGACAAACUUAUGGCAAUGAACCACACUACAAUAGUGGGCUUGCCUUUGAUUUGUUUACGUAGCUGAGGUUGACAGGCGCUGACAGGCCCGCUGUCUACUCCAGUUAGCCCCACCAGCGACCACUUCGGACAAGAGUGGACAGUAAAUAGAUCUGUGGGCCGGUGAUGCAUUGAGGCGACCAUGGAGACCACAGGCAGUGCCACCGAGGGCGACCCACUGAAGAGGGGAGAGGACGGUGCAGAGACGGGAACAGUGCCGACAGCAACAGAGCUGAAGAAGAAGAGUUGCAAGGAAGUCUUGGGGUUUGCCAAAUUGACCCACUGGCGUACCGCAGUCUUCUUCCUCUCCUUGUUCCUGUGCCUCACCAUAGUGUUUGCCUUCUCCUUCAUCAUCCCCUGUCCUGUCAGACCGCAGUAUCUCACCUCCUGGAACAGGACUUUCACUGAUGCAGUAACGUAUGACUUCUUGGCCAUUGAGGAUACAAGCAAGGACAAGGUGAUGGAUGUCCUGUUUGUCUUCAAAGACACAGAAGGCAGCAAGAACAAUACGUGUGCUGGUGCAGGUCUGCCCUCGCCAUGUUUUUUUUUGUCAGCAGUGGAUGGGACUGAUGGAGAAACACAGUGGGAGCGUCCGCUGGAUCCUGAGUACCACUGGGCCCAGUGUGGUCUGGAUGAAGGAACAAGCAGAGAGUGGGACUGUCUGCUGUCCCAUUCUGACCAGCUCACGGCCGUUGACAAAUACACUGGUAACGUCAGCUGGCAGCAGCCUCAGCCUUCUGGUCUGCGCAGCACUGUGCCUGUUCUCAGUGUCCCAGAUCUGGAUGAGGACAAGGUCAGCGAUGUGGCUCUGGUGGCAUCUGACAACACUCAGACUCAGCUAGUAUUCCUCUCAGGGAAGACAGGUGUCCAGAUUGGUUCUACAGUGGUUCUUGAUUCUCCAGAGACGACCAAUCAUCUUCUCCAUCACACUAAAGGAGGUUCUCACUAUGUACUACUCCAAAAAGACACUGGCCUGUAUGGACUGGCACUGUGGAGGAUUGCUGCCAAGGCUAAAGCAGGUGUGAAGGCAGGCCUCAAGAAAGACAAAUACUGGGAGGAAAAAGCCAAUCCGACGUCUGGCCUCGUACCUGUCUACGAAGCUGACUCUGUGAGAAAAGUGCUAAGAGUUGGAGAAACUGAGACGCCCAACCUGCUACUUGUGACGGGGAAGGAGGUGGCGUUAGUUGACGGAAACAGUUUGCAGCUGCUGUGGAGGAUGAAUACAAGCUCAGUCCUCAGUGAGCCCUCCUUUGGACACUUUAACAAAGACGAAGUACUUGACAUCGUGGUCGAGGAGGAUAUCGGCAACCACACAAAGAGGGUUAUGAUCCUUGAUGGGAAGUCUGGUGGCCUGCUGUGGGAGGUCAACCUCUUAGCCGCUCCUAACUCGCCAGGACCCGCCUCAAUACACACCACCAACUCCUUCUCCAUCUUCGUGUUUUGGGGCAUGAUGCCUUCAGAGACCAACUCCUCUGUCCCGUUAAUUAGUGACCGGCGCUCUUACCUGCUCCAUCCUCUCUACACUAAACUUCUCCUUGAGUCGAACACCUCUGUGGAACACAUCAUUACACUUAAAGCCACUCUGCUGGAGCGUGGUCGCCAUGCCGCCUACAUCACACUGUCCGGUCCUGAGAAGGAGGGAGCAGAAGGCACUGUGGUCCUCAGCAAGCGAAAGCUGAAGCAGGACGUCCCGUACAGCACCGUGCACCGUAUCGGCACAGGCGGAGGUUCAGAGAGCAACGAUGACAUCAAAGAGGUCUUCAACCGCCUCCGCUUCAGCGACUGGUGAAAGGAACCAACUGUAUUAUGCACGGUACAUCGAUCUGUGGCGUAGCUAAACUCUAAAAACCAAAGUGUGUGUACACUAGCUAUGACUUUCCAACUGCUGACAACCAAAAGAAAUAUUUAAUGUUUAGAGACUUGACAGAGUUCUUCCAUUGGACGAAGUGGGCAUUAACUAUUUUCAGACUUGACUGCAGCAUGAGUUUGAUCUCCCCCAGUGUCCAAAGAGCUGCAGUUCUCUGACAAUCUCUUAGUUCAGGUGGUUGUUCUCCUGCUGAUAAAUCCAAAUUGAGGACCUUCCUUGCUGUAUUUCUAGCACUUUCAUGUAUCAAUGCAAUGCUCCUUUUUUUUUUUUUAAUUGCAGAGGCUGGAUUAUUAUUUAGAUCUAUGCAACUUUACGUCGCACUGGGCUUUAAAGGCCGCAGCCUGUGUAUUUCAAACUAAAGUAGCCUUAAAAGAACGCUAACACAGUCAUAGGGCUUUUGUUUAUUUUGAUACAUUUCCUCAAACUGAACAGCAAAGCGGACGUACCUUAAGGUGUACUAUGUGGCGUUACAUUUGUGUUACGUGUUCAGUGGUGUUGGUCUGGCAGUGUUUUAGUCAGUGGUACUGUUGGCAAUAAUCAAAACGUGUGUGUCCAUACUCACUCAAUCCAAGAUGCUGUAACUUGUGAUGCUCUUAAACGCACACUGACUUGACCGUUAAGGCACUCAAUGCAGGGUGUCAGAGGUUUUCCAUAAUACUGAGUUGUUGUUGUGGGUUUACGGCUCCUUUUUUAAAAGCUGUUUUAUCAGAUUAGUUCAUUCAGUGGAAAUGAGGUUCUUGUCUUUGCUGUACAUGAAUAUAUUGAACCUGUUGGACGUGCCUUUGUUCGAGCUCUUAUCUUUUCUUUCUGACUUGGUAUGUUUUGAAUUUGAGCAAUAUUAAACUAUUUUAAAAUAACUGUG